AAAAGAACGAACAACAACACACCUUGCUGAGAUAAGUACAACACUGGUGACCCUGGUGAAGGGAAGUGUGCUGAUUGCUACACAGAUACACAAAAGAUUUUAUAAUUGUUACAUGGAUCUUUUUUUUCCUGUUUAUUAGUCCUCAAGUUUAAAAAAAAACACCCAAACACAGUGUAUGAAAGUUAAAAUUUCCAAUAUUAAUGUGUGUGUCCUUAUUGUAUAUCUCCUUUCUCAUUCACAAUUUUAAGGUCUGUCCCAGAAAGAAUGAAAAAGAAGCAAUACUUAUUUCUGUAUAGUCCUGUAUUAGAAGUGUUUCUCAUGUUACUUAUGGUGGCCAAAUUAUCCAUCAGCAGGUGUUGGGUGUAAUAAAAUCAGUUUUUAUGAGUGUAAAUUAAAAUAACAUCUUGUAAAAUAUAAUCGAUUACUUCUUUUGUUGUACUACAGGUACAUAUAAUAGACUUCUCACAAAAGUUUCAGUAAUGAAGUAUUCCAUUAUUAUAUAGUUCUCUAGUAGUUUUUGGAUUUUUCAGUAAAACUGUUUUGAACUCUUACUUUUCUAAGCAUGACCCACAUAAUAAUUUGAGUAUUUCUGAAAAGGCACUGAAUGUAUUGUAAAUUUUCAAGAUAAGGUUAAUCCUUAGGGAAGGAGUUAUAUUUAUAUUCUUAAAUUAAGCAAAACUUUGUAUAUCCUGAACAAGAUGAUACAUCCUCUCUGUCAAAAAAGAACAUAUGACGUGAAGAAAACAAAACCUGGAUGUUUUUAAGGCUAUGAGAGGGCAGGACUCCAUAAUCCAGUCUAAACAAUUGAUUCCCCAUUUUUUGUGACAUUGGAGCAUAUACUUGAGAUGAAGUCAUGAUGGAUUUAUUGGAUCUUCAGCAUAAUGCACUAUCAGGAAGGAAGCCUUCUUCAUACGUAUAUUCAAACUGUUUGGCUUACUGCACUGAAAAUAUGUAUGGAUACCAUUCAUUUUAUUGUUUUAUUGAUAUCUGGGAUUUCUAAUAUCAGUUAUAUUAAAAUGAGUGUCUUCAAAAAAUCUGGUGACCUGAUGUUGAUGUCUUUGAGACCAAGCAGAUGGCAGAUUUUGAAAGGGAAGCCCAACAGCUGUACCUGAAAAGUUGCAUUUACAGCAUAUAGAUAUGGCCCAAGAGACAAACCAGAGUCCAGUGCCGAUGCUGUGUGCCACAGGUUGUGGCUUUUAUGGGAAUCCAAGGACAAAUGGAAUGUGUUCAGUUUGCUACAAGGAAUACCUUCAAAGGCAGCAGAGCAGUGGAAGAAUGAGUCCUAUGAGCCCGAUGGGUACAAAUAGUGCAUCCAGUAGUCCUACAACAGAAGUCUGUGCAAUCCAGAGAAUAGAAGCAAGUUUAAAUAGUUCAGAGUCCACUUCAUCUAGCGCGUUGGAUACAUCCAGGGGCACACCAGCAUCUUCUUUGCCAGUAACGCAACAAAUGACAGAAAUGAGCAUUUCAAAUGAAGACAAGGUCACAACACCAAAAACUGAAGCUACCGAACCAGUUGUUACUCAGCCAACUGCAUCAACUUCACAUCCCUGUGCAUCAGGCAGUGAAGAACCCAAAGCCCCUGAACUCCCCAAAACAAAGAAAAAUCGAUGUUUUAUGUGCAGGAAAAAGGUUGGACUAACAGGUUUUGAUUGUCGCUGUGGAAAUUUGUUCUGUGGGCUCCAUCGUUACUCUGACAAGCACAACUGCCCCUAUGAUUACAAAGCAGAAGCAGCAGCAAAGAUAAGGAAAGAAAACCCUGUCGUCGUAGCUGACAAGAUCCAGAGAAUAUAAGGCAGACACUUUUUUUCUUCCUGCUGAACACUGUUAAGAGUGAAGAAAGGACAAUUUCUUUUUUUUAAGAUCUCAAAACUCGUAUACUGAGCACAUGCAUGAAUGAUCACUUUUUCUUUUUUUUCAUUUUUUCUUUUUUUUUUCUUUUUUUUAAGGUUAUUCAGCAUUUUACUUUAUUCCCGUUGUGUAUCGUUCCUCUUGGCUUAGGGAAAUAAUGCAGUCCCGGGCAUCAUUUCAGGAAAUCUUACAUACUGUCAGCCAGCCUUUUAUUCAGAGGCGAUAGAUGAUCUUCUUUAAAGCCGGCAUAUUCUUUUUGUGCCAAAAUUUGGAAGGAACUCUCAUGGCUUUGGGUUUUUCUUGUCAAGCAAAGCAUUGAUUUCAGUGCUAAUGCUAACUUAGAAAGGUGCGUCUGCACGCUUGCCUACUUCUUUUAGGCCGAUGAGCAGAUUAAACACUUGCAUUAUAUUUUGUCCCUUGUUUAUGUCUUCAGUUUCCUUUGUGAUCUGUUGAAGGUGAAAUUCACAUCUUUAAUACAAAACUUGCCUGGAUGUUCUUGGUGUUCUUGGACAAGAUAUGUGACUGUGUUUGGUAUUUAACUCCCUGUCACUCCCUGCCCCUCAACCACAUUUUGUUUUAAUCACUUUCUGAUGAAGUUGUUAACCUGAUGCUGCUUUUCCAGGAAAUGCAUAUCCUGUCAUGAAGCUAUUGCAAGUUAUAUUGUGCCAUAUGCGAUAGCAUGUGUGGGAAACUUGCUAAAAUCAACGUAAUGUCUUUUAUAAGCUGCCUGUUAAAAAAGUAAUUUAAAAAAUAAUUGUAAAGAUUCAGUGUUGAAAAAGGAACGCUCAGAAGAGCAGGUGUGCAUUGUAAACCAGUUGAAUGCUGUGUGCCAUCAGUUAAAAUGGUUCCGUCCGUCCAUCUUUUGAAACAAGUUCGGCAGAGUUUUAUGAGAUAGUGAGUUUAUAGGCUUACAAUGAACUCUUCAAAGCAGUGAUAGUAAUCUGAUGCCUGAAACCAUGCCCAGUAGUCUGCUUCUCAAAUUUACUUGGGUGUAGGAGUGUAAUUUUGGGUGUAUUGCAUGGGUUGCUUAUCUACAGUGUAAAAUAUCUGAAAUGUAGAAAUGGCAAUAUACUUCACUAAUGCUUGUUCAGUAUUUCCACUUCUGUUCAUAAUGGAAGGUUCUUGUGACAUCCUAGAGAUUGUGCUGAUAUUUACAUAUAUAAUGUGUAUGUUUACAUAGCAGAUCUGUGAAUUGCAUGCAUAUGUACACAUACACAUAUCUACAUAUAUACAGGAUUCAGUGGUUGGAGCUAAGAAGGAAAUAAAAGGGUUGAUUUUGCUGGUGCUAGGAUUUUAUUCAAACCAGUGUGUUUUAUCUAAAAGCUUGAACAGUAGUGUAAUAAAAUGUGUGUAUGUAUAUUUUUAUGUUGCAUAUAUAUUUAAAAUGUACUCAUACCCAAAUAGCCAUCCAUUCUAAAUACUGUAUGAUUCUAAUAUGACAAUUUAUUGACAAAAUACCUCUGUUGUUUAAAGGAAUAGUCCUCCCAAACUUCAUGGCUUAAUAUUUUUUCACCUUGAAAAGUAUCUAUUCAGAUAAGAGGAAACACUGAUAUUCACCACAGUUAAGUUGUUGUUCAGGAUUUAGGAAAGGAGUUUAUAUGAUGAAAAAUGAAAGGCCGAAUUAUCUACAGAGCAUCUUCAAAGCCGUGAUGAAGAACGUAAAGCAUUCAGAGCCAUAGAAAUAAAUGAAAACGGUAUUCAGGUUAUUUUGAAUGUACUCUUCUGCCAUUUUUCUCACUGCAAACUGAUGGAACUUCCACUUACAAAUAAAUAAAAAUGAAUUUAUUUCAUGUGUUGUUUUCAAGAGGAACAUAGUGCUAAUUCUGUUUAUGCCAUCAGCCUCCAUGACAUUGCUGAAUGUUUUUGGCACUGAAGAUGCUUGGUGGAGAUUUUGCUUUCUAUUUACUGUCUCUUCACUGUUCCAAGACAAGACCACGGACAAGACGAGACCAUCAGCCGCCUACAGAAUAUUGAAGAACUGUUUAACCAGAAUACAAAAUGGUUUCCCCUUGACUAAAUAUAUUUUUCAGGAAAAUUUGGGCUCAGUAUUCCUUUAAAAGUUUACCUUUUAGAUUUAAAUGCAAGUUGAACAAUCUGCUUUGGCUCCUGUAUAUGUGUAUAACUAUAUAGUCUACAUUAGCAGUGUGGUAACCUAUAUUCUUGUAAAUAGAUUCCUUGUCGGGAUAUUGCUUCAUAUCCAUUUUCCUAGUUAUGUAUUUUAUUUGGUUAUUCAAUGCUCUUUUCAUAUAGGAAUGUGAGAUUUUUGCUUUUGAAACUAAUGUAUUAUUUUCACUUUUUUCUUUUCAACUUCAUUUUAGUUAUUCAAAUUUGUUCAAGAGGGAUAGGUGUGUUCAUAUUUAUGUAUUGCAUAUAAUCUUGCUAUUGAGCAUUAAUGCUAAACUGUAUUAUGUAAAUAAAAUUAUGUACAGAGAGAUUAUA